AUGGAGAGCUUUCUGGAGUCACUGAGCAGGCUGAAGGACGUCCACGAGAAGGAGGUCAUGGGCCUGCAGAAGAAGCUUCUGGAACUCAACUCAGAGAAGUACCGGGAUGCCCAGAGGAUGGAGGAGCUAUUUGCCAAGAAUCACCAGCUCAGGGAACAGCAGAAGGCACUGAAGGAAAACGUGCGGGCGCUGGAGAACAGGCUGCGGGCCGGCCUGUGUGACCGCUGCAUGGUGACCCAGGAGCUGGCCAGGAAAAGGCAACACGAGUUCCAGAGCUCACACCUGCAAAGCCUGCAACACAUCUUCCUCCUGACCAACGAGAUGAGCAGGCUGAGGGAGGAGAACGAGAGCCUGAAGAAGGAGGUGAAGCUGCUUCGGGGCCUGGAUUGGAAAGUCCCGGGAGGCCACGAGGGGCCUGAGGCUGAGAACAGCAGCAUGGAGUCACGAGAAGAGCAACUGCUGGGGUACCAGACGCCUCCUGCCACCAGAAUCUCCCCAGAAACCACUAGCCUACCUGAGCUGAAGGCUUCAGACAUGAGUCCCCAGCACAUCUCCAACCAGCUCCAUGGGACCAUCGCCGUGGUGCGUCCGGGGUCCCGAGCGUGCUCCACCGACCGUGGUUCCACCAAUGGGACACCGCCGCUGGUUGGCAAGAGCAGCCCCUCCAGCCCUCCCUAUGAAACCAGCCUCCCCCUGGACAGUCUCCUGCGGACCUCCCGACCCUCUGUCCUGGCCUUUGAAGCCCUAAAGAGCUCCCUACAGGCUGACCGCCUCAGCCUCUUAAGCCGUCACCUGGCCCUGCACCUCCGAAGUCCCCGUAACAGCCCCCUGGCCCCCACCACGGCCCCCGGGGGGGCUCAGCCAAAGAUUCUGAAAGUCAUGGAGUCAGAGAGCUGGGAGGAGCCCACUGGCCUGCUGGGCCUGCCAGGGGCCCUGGACUCAAGAGACCCACAGUUAGAGGGCACGCUGCACCUGCUGCUGGCCCAGCAACAGCUGCGGGCUCGGGCAGCCAGUGUCAGAUCAGGGGGCCUACCUGGGCCGGGGGGCACUCUGCCCUCCCCACCUGCCGGCUCUGAUUCUGAGAGCCCUGAGGGAUUACAGUCAGCUGGAGCAGCACUGGCCAGAGGCGCCUGGCAUGGAGACCGGUGCCCACGGCCGCCAGAUCUAGACAGCCUCAGGGAGGAAGAGGCUGCAGUGGUUCAAGCAUACACUCCAGACACACCCCUGGACCUCUCAAAGCCCACCCACCAUUGUGGAUUGCCCAGGCCAAAGGCUGGUUCUUGCAGCCCGGAGUCACCUCGGAGAGCCACACUACCUGCUCAGUCAUCACCCCGGAUCCCCAGUCCCUGGACACUCAGCAGUGGCCCCAAAGGAGCCAGAGCACUGGAGCUGGAGUCCUCCACACCCCAGAGGCCAGCCAGGCAGAGGCGCAGAGGGCAGACUCAGACGGAUUGGAUGAACCAGACACUUCGGACAAAGGCCCUGAGUUCCGAGGUGGGAGGCAAGCUCGGCACGCCAGGGGGGAGCCCCAGGUGCUUCUGCGCCCGAGAGCUGGAGGAGAAGCAGCAGCGCAAGCGGAAGCGGGCAUCUGACCCGCUGGUGCAAGCCACCAAGAAGUUCCGAGGGAGACGGAGACCGAGGGAGCCCCUGGUGGUGGCUGAGAGGCCUGGUAGUCCGCAGGAUGCUGAGGACAGCAGCACCCAGCCCAGCAGCCAGGACUGA